UGUUGAGAUGGGUUAGUUUAUUGCCUCUCAGUGGUUGGUUGGCUGUGUUGUGUAAGUUUUCUUACAGGAGACCACGUUGGAUCAAUGAGCAAUAAUUGGUUUGUCACAAACAAUAAGGCGUGCGAUUCAGCGUUGAAUAAUAUAAUUAUUGAAAAGCUUAGCUGGCUAGCUUACUCGGCUGAUAGGAGUGGAGCAAGGAAGACAGAAUGGGCGAGGAAAUGAACGAUAAUAAGUUCAAUACAAAUUGUGCUUCUAUUGCUAACAACAUGGGGGACGUGAAUCACACCGUAGAUUGCGAUGUGAAAUACUACACGUUGGAAGAAAUUAAGUCUCGUAAUAUGUGCAAAGAAGCGUGGCUUGUCAUCCACGAUAAAGUCUAUGAUAUCACGAGUUUCCUGGAGGAGCAUCCUGGAGGGGAGGAGGUUCUGUUGGAGCAGGCAGGCUCAGAUGCCACGGAGAGCUUUGAGGAUGUAGGCCACUCUACAGAUGCCAGAGAGAUGCUCAUCCAGUACUACAUAGGGGAGCUCCAUAUGGAUGACCGGAAGAAGGACUGCACAACGGAAGCACACAUCACAACAUCGGGAGAUGGCUCCAGCUCUUGGACCGCGUGGUUGAUACCUGCUAUAGCUGCGGUUGUUUUGGGUGUCAUGUAUCGAUAUUACAUGCUGGAGCACAAGUCUUCCUGAUCCCUGAUGCUAUCGUCUUUUACUGUCUGUAGGGCUUCACAUGUUUGAACAAACCCGUACUUUUCAGACGAAAACCUUUGCCCCAUUCAACUUACACACUGUCCUACCCAUGGAGGAAAGGGGUGAAAUGAAGUAACCCCUUCCCCCAGCUCUCUUCCUUGACCUCUUCCAGCAGGCAGUGGGGCGAGAUCCGGAUUAUGUCUCCCCACAACUUCAUUGAAUUGUUUUCUAAUCUGUUCAUUAAAUUUUUUACUCAUUCUGCCUUUUAUUGUAUGGUGUCUUAAGUUACUUCAUAUAAAAGUGAUCUAAACUGUUCCAUCUUUGUUUAAUUUACUCAAUUUGUUUCAGGCAUGUUUAGUGGCCCAUCUUUAUGUUCUAGUUUGAUGACCGGAAUAUAUUGAUGUGCAAUGCAAACAGUAUAUGGUGUUAUAGAAAUUCAUGCAAAUUGUAAUUUAAUUCUUUAGGAAACGUAAAUCAUUCCUUCGAAACAAUUGUAGUGAAACAAUUACUUGAUUUUUAACAAUCAUAGUUAAACUGAAUAUUUGAUGUUUAGCUAUUCAUUGCAUUGUAUACAUAAAGUCAACGUAAGCCUUAAAUAUAUUCUAUUUGCAUUAAAGGUUGUACAUCUGUAUUCUCUAUACAUUAAUUUGAUUGCAAUUGAUAUUUAAGUGAAAUGUAGUCACCAAAUGUUUGCAAUUAUUUGUACAUUUAAGCAUUUCUUUGGUGAUACUAUGGACAUUUUUAGGUAUGAGAAUUGAUGUAAUAUAUAAAUUGUAUUAAUAUUGGAUACAUGAUACUGCAUUACAAACAUUGUGCAGGAUAUGAUUGUCGUUUCCUCUGCACGUCCUUUCCCAAUUAAAGUUCAAGAACAUAAAUUCUGCUCAAUGAA